UGGUCUUCCUUCUUUACUAGAAGAGAGGCUGGCAGGGCAAAGACUCUGCUCUUUUACCGAGAAAUCACACAGCAAAUUAUAUAACCGCUAAACGCUACAAGCUGGAUUUUGAAAGGUGUAACACUUUCCUAUAAUAGACUCAAUUUAAGUUGUAAUCCAGGCGAGGCAUUUUUUUGCAACAGUUGAGCCACUUGAGCUCGCGUCUGGGAGAAGAUGAACAGAGAGCUUUAGUGCAGUCCUGCGAACUAGACCCAUCUUCUCUUUGAUCUCGGUGGGUUUUGAAGCUAAAGAAGCAGGUCAGAAGAACCAUGUUCCCUCUGCCAAUGUUCACACCUGACCAGGUGGCUCGAGUGUGUGAAAACCUGGAGGAGACGGGAGAUAUGGAGCGUUUGGGACGCUUCCUGUGGUCCCUGCCGGCGGCGGUCCCCGGGGCGGCCGGAGAGGCCCUCAACCGUCACGAGUCUGUGAUGCGCGCCAGGGCCCUGGUGGCCUUUCACGGGGGGAACUUCGAGGCCCUCUAUCAGAUCCUACAGAACCACAGAUUCACACGCGAGUCUCACGCCAAGCUGCAGGACCUGUGGCUGGACGCUCACUACCGCGAGGCCGAGCGCCUGAGAGGGAGGCCCCUGGGGCCCGUGGAGAAGUACAGGAUCCGCAAGAAGUUCCCACUACCCCGAACCAUCUGGGACGGAGAACAGAAAACACACUGCUUUAAGGAGAGGACGCGUAGUUUGCUAAGAGAGUGGUACCUGCAGGACCCGUACCCCAACCCAUCCCGCAAGCGCCACCUGGCCCAGGCCACAGGCCUCACACCCACACAGGUGGGCAACUGGUUCAAGAACAGACGGCAAAGAGACAGAGCAGCAUCAGCCAAAAACAGAUUGCAACAAGACCCCUCCCUGCACCCCUCAGGCAGCUCUCCUGAAUGUUCAUCUUUAGAGCACCACCCCCACCUGCACGGCUCCUCCCCGCGACACCCCGGCAGCCCAGAGAACAGUGACUGCAGCUCAAGUACAGAGCCCCAGGGCACCAGGGCCUCCACGCCUGACAUAUCCGUCAGCAGCGACAGCGAAUACGAGUCCUGAGCACAGCUACAGACCGCUGUGCCCCACAACCAGAACCACACACUCCUGCUGACCCUCAGAGACUGACAGAGAGACUGACAGAGAGCCGCAGGCAGCAUACGCUUACAGUAGACUGCCUUCAGCUGAGACAUGCAGAUAUGGGUCAGUGUGGAGACUGGGGAACAUUGCUGUGAUCUGUGAGGAGCAGAUGGACCGGAUGUGUGACGGGAAAGGGAGCUUUGGCAAAUGUUCAGACAUGCACUUAUAAAUGGACUUCAGGGUACUGUUGUGAAAUCAAAUGAAAAGGGAAAUGUAAUCAGUGUCUUUCAUUACUACCCCUCCCCUUUGUGACAAGAGGUGUAAAGAUAUUUGGCAUUUCUUACAGUUGAACAGGCAGAGGAAAGAGACUCUGCAGUUUUUCACAUUUCAAUUGAGUGGUUGUCCUUGUUUUAAAAAUUUCAUGAUGAAUGGACCAACAGAAAUGCUGCAACAUGACUUGAAAUAAAAUCUUUUUACACUGA